AGCCUUCAGUAAUCUCCUUUCCGCCCAUUUGGCCUCCUUUGGUUGGCUGUUGUCCCUUCUCUUUCUCUCUGUCGCGGCGGUGGGUUGGAGCCGCUGUGUCCCCGAUCUGGCACGUUCCUGUCCAAAUUAUUCUCGGUUUAAAAUUGGAUUCCCUUUUACGAAAUCUCUGAAAUUCUCAACUCUGCCAAAUUUAAAGUCCUCUCCAAUUCAAUUUUUCCGCACACAGCCUCAACAUUAGAACCAUCAAGAAGAUGGCGAUGGGGUCGGCAGUCGCCCGGCUUGAGGGCCGAGAAUUCGAAUACCUGAUGAAGAAGAGGUCGGCGACCAUCGGACGGAACUCAUCGCAGGGCUCGGUGGACGUUAGCAUGGGCCACUCCAGUUUCAUCUCUCGCCGGCACCUCGAAAUUUUCACUGCUGGUGAAGACGGCACCGGCAGCGGGGAAUUCUACCUCCGAUGCCUCGGCAAAAACGGGGUGUUUGUAGAUGGGGUGUUCCAGAGACGAGGGGCUCCACCUCUGCAACUCCCACGAAUGUGCUGUUUCCGGUUCCCCAGCACCAACAUCAAGAUCACGUUCACAGCCCUGUCCAGCGAUAAGAAGGAGCGUAGGAACGUGUCGGAGUCACCGGUCAAGCCCGUCCAGCACCAGAUGGCGCCGCUGACCAUCAACAUUCCAGACAACAUCGCCCACCUCAUAAGCCCGCUGCCCUCACCCACUGGCACCAUCAGUGCCGCUAACUCCUGUCCAAACUCCUGUCCGUCAAGUCCCCGAGGGGCGGGGCUGUCUGGCUAUAGGAUGGGCCGCGUGCUGACCGCUGACCUCAUCAACGAGAACUCCCAAACAGACGACAAGGACGGCUCGGGAGGAGACAGCCCCAAGGAUGACUCCAAGCCCCCGUAUUCCUAUGCCCAACUAAUAGUCCAGGCCAUCACCAUGGCCCCCGACAAGCAGCUGACUCUGAAUGGGAUUUACACACACAUCACCAAGAACUACCCCUACUACAGGACCGCAGACAAAGGCUGGCAGAACUCGAUCCGUCACAACUUGUCUCUGAACCGCUACUUCAUCAAAGUGGCUCGGUCUCAGGAGGAACCGGGUAAGGGAUCGUUCUGGAGGAUCGACCCCUCAUCAGAGGGCAAGUUGUGUGAACAGGCGUUCAGGAAACGCAGGGCCAGGGGGGUACCCUGCUUCAGGACCCCGCUAGGGCCCCUCUCAUCUAGGAGUGCCCCGGCCUCUCCUAGCCACACAGGGGGGCUGUCGGCCCACUCCAGUGGUGUGCAGACCCCAGAAAGCCUAUCCAGGGAGGGCUCCCCUGUCCCCAUGGACCCAGAGCCAGCUCGGGCCACAGCUCCCACCACGGCCACUGCCCUACAGCCCAAACUAGCUGUCAUCCAGGAGGCCCAAUUCGCUAAGAGUGCUACUGGCUCCCCUCUGAACAGCCAGCCGGUGCUGAUCGCCAUGCAGCGACAGUUGCCUCAGACGACAAUGAAGCCUGUUACCUACACCAUGGCAACGCCUGUCAUGACAACAGCUGUAAGCUCUGCCCCCAUCAUGCAGACGGUGCACGUACUUCAACAGAUUCCGAUGGUCACCAUGGCUACCGUCGCUGCCACACAGAAUUCAGUUGUUACGCUGAAAACAGAACCGCAGGAGAACGGAGGGGGAGACCGCAAUGGGGUCAAAGUCAAAGUGGAGUCGGUCCCAGCCAUCACUACUUCCUCUAUAGGCGGGGCCAAUCGCAUAAUCCAGACCACCCAGGCCACACCCCUAACAACAGUUACCAUCGUGCAACAACCUCCCCUGGGUCAGCAUCGGCUUCCUAUCAAGACCAUCACACAGAACGGGACUCACCUGGUCCCCAUCACUACUGCUGCUAACACAGUGGUGAACCCCCUCCACCUGUUGGCAGCCCAUGCCUCAGCCUCUGCAUCGCUGCCCACCAAGAGGCAAAACGGGGAGCUGGCCGACCACCCCGAACCCAAGAGGGUCAAAACUGAGGAGGGGGGCAAGAGCAUAGCCACCGCUGUAACCAACUCGUGCACAAGCGGAGACGGGGACAAUGGGGUUAGUGAAAAGGCCGGCGAUAAGUAGAGGUCCUGACCCCUCUCCUCAAUGAGCUCUACUAUUCUACUAUCCCGCCCCCUCUGUUCUCACCCCCACGACCUGACUCCCACUCGAAACCACAUUUAUCCUCUACUCCAAGGUGCCAAAAGAAAACGAGGUAUGGAUCCACCUCCGGACUACAGUAUGUAUGAGCAGUAGACAGACCACCACCCACCCAUUGGUAUAAAAAGCAGAAAAUAAUACGAUCCAAAAACUAAAAGACCAAAACAAGGACAAGCAACAACAAAAAAAGGAAAAUUAGAAGUUGUUAGAGGUGACCCUGUUUUGGAGAUACAAACGACAACUAAACCUUAAGUGAAGCACAGUAAGUCUUGAUAAAGUUAAAAUGUAAAUGAGAUCAAAACAGACCUCUGGACUUUGACCACCAGAAUCACCAAGCCUUCCACUGCUGAUUGGAAAGUUCCUCUUUUUUUUUUUCUUUUUCUUUUUUUUUUACACAGGACACAACCCCAAGAGAGGGAAGUAGCCAAUGGCAGCAUUAUAGGCAAGCACUUAAUUUUUGGGAAGAAAUUACUUAAGACAGUUAACAGUAGUGUAUUCUGUAAAGGAAACUGUGUGGGGAACCAUUCCCUAUAUUUCUGGCAGCUAGCCUUCAUGUCAACCUAUCUAAUGCAGUCGUGAGUAGAUGUACACGUGAAUCCUAGGAUCUUCUUUGAGUGUACCACCCGUUUCCCAAGGCACACACACUUAUUUAGUAAUAACCAUUCUAUAAACUAGAAGUGGGGUCAAAAACAUCUUACGUCACCUGAUAUUGUGGAAUCCUGUAUUUUUUUGGGGGGGGGUGCGUGGACUCUUUGUUCAGUGAAAUGAAUGUAGUCCCCUUUUCCUUCAAGAAAACACUAUGGAGUGAAUUGUUUUUCUGUUGUCAAACUCUUAAGUUUCUUUAUCGCUGUACAUCUAGAUUUUUCAUAUUUUAACAAAAUAUCCUAUAAGAUAAAAGUAUAUUUCCAUGCGUGUUUGACUGUAUGCUUCAUCAAUGCUUGCAUGUUACCGAAUUUAGAGAAUGUACAUGAGCAGAUAACUGAAGAAAAUAAGCCUGACUCAAUGCUAUACUGUAUGAUUCUGAACAGUGCUGCACUUACCCUCUUCAUUUGAGUUAUUUCUUUCCCUCCUUUCUUCUGUUUUCCUUGUCAUCAAUGGCUGUUUCUGUUCUGUUCAGAUGGUAUUCUAUGUUUCCAUGAGGAAAAACAAGUGAUAGAUGUUUGUUUUGGCUUCAGUAAAAUGCUUCUUUUUUUCUUUUUUAUAUAUAUAUAAAUUAAUUUAAACCUUC